GAGAUAUGUUUUCAACAGAAGAGAGAGAGAGAGAGAGAGCACAUUUCCCAAUUUCUGAGUCUUUUGGAUGUCUGUGAGGGAAUUUCUAUUGCAGAUUGACUACCUUCGAUUGUGAGGAUGACCCGAAGUUUUCCACAGCUGCUCAUAGACUUCCUGACCAAAUGGCAGAUCCACCACAACCGCCUGGUGACCAAAGAUGGCCACUGCAACAUUGAGUUCAUCAACGUGAGGUACAGAAGCAAGUACGCCUACAUGCUGGACAUCUGGACCACUUUGGUGGAGAUCUCCUGGGCUUUUGUUAUGUUCUUCUUCGUGGCAUCCUUUCUUAUCACCUGGUUUGUGUUCGGACUUCUCUGGUACUGGAUCGCCCGCGACCAUGGCGACCUGGCUUGGCAGCAUCCUGUGGAUUUCACGACUGCUUGUGUAGUUAAUGUCACUGGCAUGACCACCGCCUUCCUGUACUCUUUGGAGACGCAGACCUUUAUUGCCUAUGGUUGGCGGGCGAUCACUUCCAACUGUCCGAGUGCCAUCACUGUCUAUGUGUUCCAGGUCAUCCUCGGCACGAUAAUCACCUGCUUCUGGGGUGGUGUGGUGACGGCGAAAAUCGCCUUACCAAAGAGACGAGCCAAGGCCAUCAUGUUCAGCGAGAUGGCCGUCAUCUGUGCCAAUCACGAUGCCCUCUGUUUGAAGAUACGGGUGGCCAACAUCCGCAAAUCGCUGAUGAUUGGAACCCAAAUUUAUGGUAAACUGAUCAGAACCAAAGUCACGCCAGAAGGGGAAACGGUCAUCAUGGACCAGGUCAACAUCGACUUCAGUGUAGAAUCGGGGAAAGAAAACAUGUUCUUCAUCUCUCCACUCACCCUGUACCAUGUGAUCGACAAGACAAGCCCCUUCUUUGAGAUGGCAGUAGAUAAUCUACACCAGCAGGACUUUGAGCUGGUGGUGUUUCUGGACAGUGUCGCCGAGUCCACCAGCUUCUCAUGCCAGGUACGGACGUCCUACGUCCCUCGAGAGAUCAUGUGGGGCUACCAGUUCCUGCCCAUCAUCUCCCGCAGCAAGGAGGGGAAGUACCGCGUGGACUUCUCCAACUUUGCCAGGGUGGUACCAACAUCAACCUCGCACUGUGCUUACUGCUUCUACAAUAUUAAUGGACACCCUCCUCCUCCCAGAUAUGGUGCUUGCAAUGAGGGGUUUGAAAUGACUGAAACUAGUGGCCAAUAGUGCUGGAAAUCAAUCAAUACAAGGAAACUGUAAAAUUUGAGAGAACUACCAAAAUGCUACUUUACUCUUCUUGCAUAUGUUAUAAGGCAUAUUUGAUGUCAUCUUCACUGACCUAGUAUCGAGUAUAGAAUGAAUGUGCCUUUGUGUUUAUAUGAGUUUCUUUCUUUAUGAUGUAUUUACAAAGUUGUUGAAAUGAUUUAGUUUUUAUAGUUGUACACCUUGUAAAAAAUAUUUGUUAAUUAUGUAAUACGUUCAUAAGAAUUCAUUAAAAUAAAAACUUGCAUUAAAUUA